AUGCCUCACAAGUCUUUUCACGUACCGCUGCGCAAGUCGAGUGUAAACGCUCCCACUGGCGAGAUCCACUCUCAAAGCAGCAAUCGAAAUGACCAAAAGUCGAGAUCUAUACACAAGGCCCAGAGGAUUUUAGGAACAACGGACAUCGCCCUUGAUCACGACUAUCACCGGCGGCCCGACAAAAAGACUAACACCCGAAAAAGCUAUCUGAAUGCGCCUGAUCUUCUGACCCAGCAUGAAGCCAUAGAGGACGGCGUGCACUCUUCAAACCUUCGUGUCCGGGCCUCGUCGCCUUUGUUAGGUCAGGACUAUAGAGAUACCGUUGACUCGACACCUCCCCUUGUCCAGCUCACAAGGAAAUUGCAUCUGUCGGGCUCUUCAUCCGCUCUAUAUUCUCGUUAUAGCUCCCGAGAGCCCCACGGUACCUCGAGCGCAAGCCUUGAGUCGACGGAACAUGGCCUAACUCCCGAACUUCUUGGAGAGAUAUCCGAUGGUGGAUUGAAUCCUGCAUUCAAACAGCCCAAAGGCCCGAUGAAGGAUACCAAACGCAAGACGCGACCACCUAGGAUUGAUCUUUCUUUGCUAUUUCCCAAACCGCAGUCAAACAAUACCCCUCUUCUUUCACCACAACGUAUGGUAACCUCGCCGUCGGCCAUCUCCACAACAUCAGAUAACUCUACGAUGAAACCACGGAAAUUCGAGCCCCGAUUACCUGGGAAGAAACUCACAAAGACGCCGCCGCAAUUGAGACCAUCGCAACGCCCAGAGAAUAAUCAUCAACCACUAGCUGGCGUCCUAGGCUCAUCCAUUUCGCACGGUACGACUGGCCCGGAGUGGUCCAACCCUUCACUGGAACGAACUGUCCGUACCAGCGAGAUCGACAGGGCCCUCGAGAAGAACUUUGAUGUGCAAUUAUCGCCGCGAUCACCGGACCGAUCUCAAUACAACCAAAUGAACUUCAGCUUGCGCAGCAGAGGGAAUCUCCAACGGAGCGAUUCAAAGUCUAUGCUAUCGGCUAGAUCCGGGGAAUCCGCACGAUCCUCUCAAAGGACCCUGCGGGAAGCUCAAUCGAACAAAUCCCUGAGGGAUAUGCCACCAGCACCCUUCCGAUUUGGGUUGCGUGAGGAUGUGUCUUCAAAAAAGGACAAUCCUCUGAUGUCGAAGAAGAGCAGCAAAAGCACUCUGAAGAACUCCGACCUCACCAACUCGAGCGUCCUGUGCCUCUCCUCGUCCGAAGAUGAAGAUGAAGAGCCGCCCUUCAUACCUCCACCCCGGUUCAACAAGAACAAAAGGGAUAGCGUGUCUACAUACGGGGAUUUCGAAGCAGAGAUUUGCACAGCUACGACUGCACAAGCGACGAAAAGCAUGCUAAGAAGCGUGGAGCGCCCUUCGUCUUCCAACACGCAAGGGUCCCGUUCUAGUCUCAAGCCCUCCCAGCCCCGGCGAGACUCUUCGGUAUCGAAGCACUCUUCGUCUACAACUGGUGUCAGCCGGUCACGUCGUUCAAGUGGGAUACCCGCCAUCCAAGAGCCCAAUUUCCUGCAUAACGAUCCGAUAUUCGACCAGACCAAAGUCCCGGCGAGAACCCCGUCUCUGUCGCAGAAGGAGAUCAAUCGGAGGAGCAGGCUUAUGGCCGUUACCAGACAAGAGGAGCGUCUCCUCGAAGUCGUGAGACAGCGGCAGGGCAAGAUUACCCCAAGUUUAUUCAAUGAGUCCGUGGAGCCGGAUCGCCGCUCUAUAGCAUCGGGUCCUUCUCGAGAUUCAUUCUACUGCGCCGACACCUCAUUUUUACGCCUCAGCCCCGGAAUACCUUCUCCCGCAAUGGCACGCGCAGUCCAAGCGAGCCAGAAAACCCGAGGUAGCUCGACACCGAGAGGCCCCGGAUCUGAUAUCGAUGCAAAAACCAUCCAUUCAUUUCCAUCGCCGCGGGCUAGUCUGAUUUCCUCAAAAAGCCUUCCUUCUCCUGCUACGAGCACGACAUCCCCUCUGACUCCGACCCUUCCUAUUCACCGCUUCUCCCCCUUACCGUCUCAAAAACCUCCCCCGCGCCGACCCCCGCCUCCUGUUCCCGGUCUCCAAAGACAGCACUCCAGGAGACGCACGGACAGCAGCGGAGCGAUUGGUCUUGAAAACACCACCGAUAACCGAAAAGAAAGCAGCGAAUUCCCAAUUUGGGCGCUCGGCUGGAAUAGCGAGAGCAGCAACAUGACCGCAGUGCAUUGA